AAGUUUUAGGAGCAACCAUGUCAGCACUGAGUCUUGGUCCGAUAAGAUAAGAAUGGUGGUUGCACACAAUUGAAUCCAAUAUUGGCUUAAAGACCCAGCCAGCAGUGGAAUUGAUCCGUCAUGUGCCUCUGCCGGUUGAGGGUCACUCCACGUUGCGCAGAGCUGAGCUUGCACUGCACUGACCACCAUCCUGGAGCGGAGUCACGUCGCAUCCCACAUGCAGAGCGUCUCUAGGGACCCCUCCUGGAAGAGCUGGCAUAUAAAACCAGUCACUCGCCCCACCCGGACAAAGUGAGGUCCAGUCUGGUCCGACGCGCUCGUGUGGCGUUUUAUGGAUGCUUCAGCAAUUCAGCAUCCCACCAGUCCUGCCCAGCUCAGCGGAAUUCAGACAGUGCCACGGGACGGCUCAGAGAACGAAAUCUCCCCUCCUCGACCUGCCAUGGCGAACAGAGGGCCCAGUUACGGACUGAGCCGGGAGGUGCAGGAGAAGAUCGAGCAGAAGUACGACCCCGACCUGGAACAACGGCUAGUGGACUGGAUAGUUGCACAGUGUGGCGGGAACCUGGAGAAGCCACAACCAGGGAAGCAACAUUUUCAGAAAUGGCUUAUGGACGGAACAAUCCUGUGUAGACUCAUCAACAGCCUUUAUCCAAGGGGGAAAGAACCAAUCAAAAAGAUCCCAGAAACCCAGAUGGCCUUUAAACAAAUGGAGAAGAUUUCCCAGUUCCUGCAAGCAGCAGAAGCUUAUGGGGUGACAACCACUGACAUCUUUCAAACGGUGGACCUCUGGGAAGCAAAGGACCUGGCAGCAGUGCAAAGGACCCUGAUGGCUCUGGGGAGUUUGGCUGUCACAAAAGACGACGGCCAGUACAAAGGAGACCGGGAGUGGUUCCACAAGAAGGCUCAGGGCUACCGGCGAGAGUUUACUGAAGAGCAGCUGCGCCAAGGACAGAGUUUAAUCGGUCUGCAGAUGGGCAGCAACCGCGGGGCUUCUCAGUCCGGCAUGACAGGCUAUGCUUUGUCUUUUUACUUUUAUGCCAACAUGUUUGUUGAUAGGAAUCAGUUCAAAUUAAAGGCUGUGUUUGUGGAUAUCCUGGAAUACCAGGCGACCCUGGUCAUAAUGGCACACCGGGCAGAGAUGGUAGAGAUGGACUUAGGGGUGAGAAAGGUGAUCGAGGUGAAAUUGGCCUUGCUGGACCAGCAGGUAUUAACGGUCAUCAGGGUGAUAAAGGAGAUCCUGGUACCACUGGCCCCACAGGACCCAAAGGAAAAAGAGGAGAUGAUGGAGAGCGGGGUCUUCCUGGGAAAAUGGGUCCCCAAGGUGUCCAAGGCCCUAGUGGCCCUAAAGGAAGUAAAGGGGCACUUGGGCUACCUGGACCAGAAGGACCUAAAGGAGAUUUUGGGCCUCCUGGACCAGAAGGUCCAAAGGGAGAGAUUGGCCUCCGAGAGCAGCGAGGACCAGGCAGCAGGGGGCGCUGUGCUGCACCUGGAGGUGGGGGACAAGGUGUGGCUGCAGGUGCCUGGAGGAGAGCUGUUCAAUGGGCUCUUUGCUGAUGAAGAUGAUGAUACAACAUUCUGUGGGUUUAUCAUCUUUGGAUCGAGGAGAACAUCGGCGACUAUGAGCAAGGCACAACAAAAAGACAGGGUCCUGUCCACCAGUGCAGACCCUCUCCAGUGCGUCCACAGCACAAAAGCUGACCCUGUGAUCCAGAGUAGACCCCUCAGUGAUGUAUAUCCAUUUCAGAGCUACACCGACAGAAGUUCAGUCCCAUAUUUGCUGUCUGGAUGUGGUGCCCAGGUACAGCCGAUGAGUGCUGGUCCUCACUCUGAUGAGGGCAGAUUAAAUGGCAUCAACUCGUCUGCCUGGUCCAACCCAGUUAUAGCUCAAGCAGAAGGAAAGCCAUACCCUUCAAGAAUCAUGAGGCUUUUUUCAAACUCAAGGAAAGGCUCCGGUUCUCCUCACAGUCCCACGACUGACAGUCCGACCUCCACCCACGCUGAGGGUGACGGUGGCCCCCAGCCAUGGACGGGACUAUCUGGGCUGGGCGUUGUGGACUCCUUUAAAAAGCUGCGAUCAGCUGUGCUGCAGGGUAUUCAGAGCAAAGAGGCUGCUAACCACGAUGGACAUGGUGUUCCUUCACCUUUCCAGGAAACAGCUAAUGGCUCAGCUCUGAACAGUUCAGACGCUUUUGUAGAAAACCGUUUAAAGGCAGCAGAAGGAUGUAGUGUGUCAGGAAAUUUCAGAGGUCGAACGUUUGGUGCGAUCAGCCAGUAUAGCUCCGAUAUUGAAGAUUACGAGGAUGAGGAAAGCGACGGAGACGGUCUGACACGCAACUCGCGAUUAUCCAGAAGUAUCAGGAGAGCUUAUGGAGCAGGACGCAUCUCCUUACUUGACGUGGUGAAUGGGAGACAAGCCCGAAGAAACACAAAUGACAGUGCAGCUCCCACACAGAAACCAAGUCAGACUUCUGAGAUGGGCGUCCGGACAGAGAGCCUGGAGGAAAACACAAAUCUGACAGUUUUUAGAAAACGGAGCAAAAGCGCCGAAAACCUUCAUAUAUUUAAGGCACCUUUUAGACGCAAAACCCCAUUUCUAGAUCCCCCUUCCACACAGGAAGACUCCCAGGCGACAAGUGCAUCACAUGGGACGUCAAACAUUGCAAGGACCUCCAGUGCGUCUUCAGUGGACCUCUGGGGCCGCCCGGGCAGUGGCAGGCGGAGCCCCCUGAGGGCCAAGACACCAAUGCUGAAACUAGUUGGCAGCAUGACUGACUUAACCGUCCGACGGAGACAAAGUCCUACCCCCAGCCCCACCUCCACGUCUCCCGUGUCCCCCCUGAGCCGCCUCCACGAUGAUUACUCCCGCCGCCUGCCCUGCUUACAAAGCAACCUGCGACAGCGCCGGCCCUCAGCCACCGCGGCCCAGGCCAACACUUUUGAAAUCUCCACACUGGUUCAUCACCACCCCGAUAACGAUUCGAACCCGAAUGAUGACCCCUUUUCCUCUGAAACCCCAGAGACGGCACAGCAGCGGUCCCCCGGUAACUCUGCUCAGUAUGAGCUGCUGGCUCUUUCCACACCCAGUCAGCAGAUGGUUGAAUCACCACUCCACCAAAGACAGAAUCCACGAGACAAAGAGCAAGCGGGUGGCAGCCUGCAACCAAAUGAGGUGACGACACACCCACAAGGACAAGAAGCACUUCUCUCAGAAGAUAUCUCUCCCUCAGACAGCAGCACACCUCCCGUCAGCCCAGCAUGCCCCCCAGAGUCGCCAGCAUCUCCCACAGAUGCGGCGGCAUCUCCCACAGAAACGCCCUCCGUCAGGCCCAGACGAAGAAGUGGGCGCCAGAGACCCCGGCCCAUCUCGGACUACGCACAGCUGGUUUCCAGGAAGCACUGCAUCCCAGAGGAAGUGUCAGAGCUGCAUAAUGAGGGAAGGACAGCCGACCCGCUGCAGCUUAGAGACUGCAGUGGUAAUGAGAAUGGACACAGCCCUGAGAGCCAUAGCAUGAACGGAGAUGUUCAGAAGCAGCGUCCCGUCUCAGUUAUAGGAGCUGCGGAUAUGUUUCCUCCAGAUGCAGAGCUGAAGGAGGACCGCUUUCCCUCUCCUUUGUCCCGACCACCAAUCCCGUCCCAGCAGGUGCCCCCCUACAGAGGAGUGUCUGCCAGGUUUCGUCCCUCCGUCCUGUCCCAGAGCACCCCCAUCGGACUGGACCGCGUGGGUCGGCGCAAACUCCACCGAGUGCUCAGCGAUGGCGUUUCUGAGUGCUCGGCCACACUUGAAGACAGCGUGAGUGAGGAGGAGGAGGGCAGCUUUGAUGAACUCAGUGACAUCACACCCUACCUCCAGCCGGGGGUGGAGCUGUCUGUGCUCAGCGAGUGGAUAAGCUCCGACCACGCGGUGUAUGCUGAAGCUCUCUGGGACCAUGUGACCAUGGAGGAGAAUCAGCUGGCCUUCAAGGCAGGAGAUGUGAUCCGUGUUUUGGAUGUCUUACAUAAGGACUGGUGGUGGGGCAGGGGGCUUGAGAGGGAAGCCUGGUUCCCCUCCAGCUUUGUGAGGGUUCGUGUGAACCAGGAGGACUCGAGUGCUGAAAGUGUAGAAAGUGUAGCAGACCGGGAAGAUCCAGCUCCAAGAGACACACAGAGCACUCAGCACAAAGAGCAAAUGAGAACAAAUGUGGUUCAGGAAAUCAUGAAUACUGAACGAAUCUACAUCAAACACCUAAAAGACAUCUGUGAGGGUUACAUCCGUCAGUGCCGGAAACAUCCCGACAUGUUCACUGAGGAGCAGCUGAAGACAAUCUUCAGCAACAUAGAAGACAUCUACAAAUUCCAGAGGCAGUUUCUGCGAGACCUAGAGAAGAAGUACAACAAAGAGCAGCCACAUCUCAGUGAAAUAGGCUCCUGCUUUCUCCUGCAGGGAGAGGGCUUCUCAAUCUACUCAGAUUACUGUAACACUCAUCCUGCCGCCUGCGCCGAGCUGCAGCGCCUCAUGAAGAUGGGGAAAUACAAGCAUUUCUUCGAGGCUUGCCGCCUCCUCCAGCAGAUGAUUGACAUUUCCAUCGCUGGUUUUUUACUCACACCUGUCCAGAAGAUUUGUAAAUACCCCUUGCAGCUGGGAGAGCUGCUUAAGUACACACCCAAAGACCACAGUGACCACAUUGGGGUCAGUCAAGCAUAUGAGGCGAUGAAGAAUGUGGCCAGCUUAAUAAAUGAGAGGAAGAGGCGGCUGGAGAGCAUCGACACCAUCGCUCACUGGCAGGUCGCCAUUUUGCACUGGGAGGGGCCGGACGUUCUAGAGCGCAGCUCAGAGCUGAUCCACUCUGGCGAGCUGACCCGAGUUGUCCGGCAAGGCAAAAUGCAGCAGCGCAGCUUCUUCCUGUUUGACCACCAGCUGGUGUACUGCAAAAAAGACGUCCUGCGCAGAGACCUGCUCCACUACCGUGGACGCCUGGACAUGGAUGAGACCGAGGUGGUGGAUGUGGCAGAUGGGCGGGACCCCGACCUGGGCGUGAGUCUGAGGAACGCCCUGCGUCUCCGUAACGCCUCCACGCUGGAGUUUGUGUGCGUUCUGUGCUGUAAGAAGGCCCAGGACAAGCAGAGGUGGUUACAAGCCUUCGCCAAGGAGAGACACAGAGUCAAGGAAGAUCAAGAGAUGGGAAUAGAUAUCAGCGAAGAGCAAAGAAAACAGGCCAUUGUUAAUGCCAGAAGAACCAAACAUGGGAAGAUCAAAACCCUUGGUUACACUGGUUCUGUCCACCAAAACCUUCCACCGCUUCAACAGCGACACAUAACCAUUCCGACCAGCGUGCCCCAGCAGCAGGUCUUUUCAUUGGCCGAGCCCCCAAAACGAAAGCCUUACCAUCUGUUGUACAGCAUCACCCGCAAUGCCUUUUUCAGGAAAUGGUGGCUGAUGAACGAAACCUUAGCCAGGCUGGCCUGUGGUGCUGCGCUGCCCUCGGAAAGCUUCUUCUUUCUGCUGCUCAUCUGUGCUGAAGGAUCCUGUUUCGGAAACCUGUCGACGGAGGACUCAAACGACAUGCUGCGUGCUCACGUCGCUGUUCGGCUGCAGCUCUUCAUAUGA